AUGCAGCUCUUGUGUGUAAGAAGAAAAAUGCAUGUAUGUAAGGCACCUUUUAAGCUUUUGCAAAAGAAGGAGAAGAAUGGAAGUAACUUGGGACAUAUUCAGUUUUAUGACGCCAGCAGACACAGCCCAAGGGAGGGUAGUAUGUUCACUAGAUGUGGUCAUGCACUCCUUCCAUCCCAAGACACUGAAUGAGCCAUCAGAAGGACAUAUCUGUGCCUUUUCAGAAGAAAGUCACUGCGACUCAGCCUAGUAUGUCAGGGUAUGGGGCAGCAAACGGAAAACCCAGACUUAGGAAAAUCUGGAAGCUUUUCCUCUCCCACAACAGUCCUAAACAGCUUUUCUCAAAUAAACAGAAACUGGAACUGGAACCCUGAGUAAGAAAAGAGGAAACUUUACAGACAGGUUGUUUUGCAGAGUAACAGUUUACCUAGUAAUAAAAUUUUAAGGACUUUUCAAACUUCUUGGCAACGCUGGCACACAGACAAUGAAGUCAGAGCCAGAUGGCAGCAUUUGCCGGGCCUUGCCAAACAUUUUAAGCCAAAUGGUUUUAGCUAAAAAGGUAGAACAGAAGUGAAGGCAGGGAUGUAAUGUGGGACAGUGAAAGAAAGUUGUGGACUGUAGACAAUGAUGCAGUUUCUGCGAAGUUCUUUGUAAAAGGAAAACCUGAAGCUCUAUAUGGAUCCCCUACAAGGAAUUAAUUCAAUGAAUACCCAGCAAACGCAUAUGAAAAUGGAAUGACUUCCUGUAUGUUAUGAUACACCUGCCAGGAGAGGCUACUACAAUCCUCGAGUUUCAAACAUUCAGAAAUUACAACACUGUCAUCUCUGUUUUAUUAUGCUUAUAGUUUGGGAGAUGCAGUGACAUUCUGCUCAUUUUUCAUUUUUGCUGGAACAAGUCAUUAACAAAGAGAGAAGUGGUGCUGCUCUGCUGAAAAAUAAUGUUCUGACUAUUGAUUACUUAUUUAGCAUCGUGGAAGUGAGUUUAAGUUUCAGUUUUCUCACCCAUAUUUAGAUCUUAUAGUGAAUAUUUCUGUUCAUACUGAUGUAAAGAUAGAUACUGAGCCUGGAGAAUAGAAAAGUAUAAGUCAGUCUAAGACGAAGAGCACUGAACUUUUCCCAGACUGCUGUUUCAUUCUGAAAUUGUGAUUAUGGAGCAUUUCUGAACAGCCAAGUGCUGGUCGUUGUUCUCCUUUUUAGUAGUGCCAGCUUCUUUUAAUACAACACGUCAUAUUUCUUCUGGGAAGAAUGCUGUUGGUCUUUGUGGACUGAGAAUAUUUACCAAGUACAUGGAGCCCCAGACCAUUCUUUGUACCCUGCUGCUGUUGCCCCUGGUUACCAGGGGUGGGAGUGCCACAAACUGGCUGUAUCUGGCAAAGCAGCCUGCUGUUCGGAAUAUGCGCAACAAAGAAGCCUGUGAGAGACUCAGGGGCCUCACAGAUGGACAGAUGCAGCUUUGCCGGCGUCACAUUAGCGUUAUGGAUUUUGUGAGACGUGGUGCAGAGAUUUCCAUAGAUGAGUGUCAACACCAGUUCAGGAAUCGGAGGUGGAACUGCUCCACUCUUGGGGGCCUACAAGUGUUUGGCAGGGUCAUCACCCAAGGUACGAGGGAGGCAGCCUUUGUUCAUGCUAUUUCAUCAGCUGGCGUGGCAUUUGCUGUAACAAGAGCCUGCAGUCGUGGUGAACUGGAGAAAUGUGGCUGCGAUAGGAAGGUCCGAGGAGUAAGCCCUGAAGGAUUCCAGUGGUCUGGCUGCUCUGACAACCUGUCCUAUGGAAUCUCCUUCUCACAAUCUUUUGUUGACAACCCAGAAAGACGUCGUGGAAUGUCAUCCAGCAGAGCAUUAAUGAACUUACAUAACAAUGAGGCUGGCAGGAAGGCAAUCUUGUCGCAUAUGAAAGUGGAGUGCAAGUGUCAUGGUGUCUCAGGAUCUUGUGAAGUUCGCACCUGCUGGAAGGUAAUGCCUCCUUUUCGCAAAGUGGGAAAUGUCCUGAAGGAAAAGUUUGAGGGAGCCUCUGAGGUGCAUCAGAAGAAAAUUGGUUCCCGUAAGGUGCUGGUGCCAAAGAACUCACACUACAAACCUUAUACUGUUCAGGACCUCAUCUACCUGUCCCCCAGCCCAGACUUUUGUGACAAGGAUCUCAAGAAUGGGGUGUUAGGUACUACAGGGCGACAGUGCAAUAAGACAUCACAUGCCAUUGACGGCUGUGAGCUCAUGUGCUGCGGACGUGGUUUCAACACUGCAGAGGCAGAAGUAGUGGAGAGGUGCAGUUGCAAGUUUCGCUGGUGCUGUUCUGUCAAAUGUAAACAGUGCCGCAAUAUUGUACAGGUGCACACUUGCCGCUGACUUGUACUCAAAAACCACAUAUUUUACAGAAAGUGCUUAAAAUAAUCUAUGCUUAUUAUAAAAGCUGAGCAUUCAUUGGUGUAGUCUGAGGGAAAUGAGGAUGAGACAGAGGGAGACUCCCUCAUCAAAAAUAUACCUUAUUCUUGGUCUCAAUGAGGGCUCCCUAUCAUAAAUGCAAGACUUGAAACUGCAGGUCAUGAAAUUCUGACAAUUUUGGGGAAUUUGCUGUUAUGAUAUUAAAGCAUUUUUGUGCCACCUCCCAAAACAUCACCCCUGAUCUCUAACUUCAUAUACUAACUCAAAGACUGCUAUACCUCAGAGAAGGGGGAAGCUCUGAAGUACACAACCUCAGAAUUACAAUACAUUAUUAAUUCGAAAAAAUGUAAGUCUUAAAAUUCUAAAUAUUGCAGUUAUGGUCCUCAGAAUUAUAAAACAUACUCAUUUCAAGGACACACACACCCACACACACCCCCCCCCCACACACACACACACACACACACACACACACACACACACACACACACUUACACUUUGUGACUCUAUGCAGUGUCAGAACAGACUACAAAACAGACAUUACCCAAAAUACUAUAUUAUUAAAACAGCAGCCUUGCCACAGAGUCUUCCACACCACAUUGCCACCUGUAUCAGCCCUUCCAACAAAACAACAGCACAUAUCCCCAGUAUGUCACACCAGCACCUGGCAUACUGCCAUGCAUUCUCCACCACACUGUUCAAAGUGUACUGCCAUAUUCACACAAUAACUGCCCAUCUCAGCUUUGCUUUCCAAAUGACAGAAUUCAUGGCAGCAAUCUAUUGCGUCAAAAGAAAACUGUCAGAUAGUCUUACUGUCUUCUCAUUCUACCCCUGCACACCUUUCUCACCCUCCCUCACUUAUCGAUCUAUUAAAUGUAAUACAGUCUGCUGUCCUGCUAAUUAAGUCUGCAAAAAUUAUUGUUAUUUGGCUACUAUGUUACCUGGUCAUGGCUGAACAGGGUCAUAGUACUCAAUUUACUCCACUUACCUGCUCAAAAUAAACAAAUUAUUUGAUGAUUACACUUGUCCUUAUUUUACAUGCAAAAUGCAAAACUGUUGUUACUUUCCCGCCCCAUAUCAAACAAGCACAAAACAUUAACCACAGUCUUUCAAAUAAACAUCCCGUUUAACUCUUUGCCAGCUCUCUUUUUCAUUCCUUUGCUUUUGACAAUUUAGUCACUGUUUACUAACCAGGAGUAAUGAAUAUACAAAAGCAAGUUGACAUUCCUUCACAAGUGAAUCUAAUUUUUAUAGCUCUGAUACUCUCUGAGCAAUACAUAUUCAGAAAAAGGUAUAAAAUAACUACAUUCUCAUUUUUCAAAAAAGUAAGUCUUAAAUAUGUCCUGAAAUAAAUAAUUUACAAUGUGUUGUAUCAGCUGAAAGUGUGGUUUUCAAAGUGAGAAGAAGAUGUAAUGGUGCCAGUAAUGGUUUAAAGUUCAACAUGAUCUAAAUUAUGUGACAGAAGUUUUUUAGAAUGUUCUAUAAUUCAGCUGACAGUUUUCUGUCAUACUGUUUCACUACAGCUAUUCCCACAGCCCCUGCAUAAAUGCCUUUUUGCCUUUUACAUUUUUUUAAUAAAUCAUAGGGAGUUAAGGGUGAAGCUUAUCUGCUCUUUGGACUAAGUUGUGCUUGUACAAGGCUAAUAUAGUACCCAGAACUAAUCCUGCUGACAGUGUAGUGGUACUAACAGCUUGCACAAUGGUGUGCCAGUGCCAACAAUCUGUGAUGUGACAGAGAAAACAAUCUGCAAAGUGAUGGCUUCAACAAGCUGCAAUGUGCUGAUACCAGCAAACUGAAACAUGAUGCCAUCAACAAAUUACACUGUGGUGAUGACAAAAGACUUUCACCAGGCCCUUGUAUUCUAUGGCACUCAUUCUCCUCCCAUAAUACUACAACUAGUCUCAGUGUAGCUGGCACAAUAAGUGGCUUAAAUCACAAAGACUUAAGCUCACCACCACUUGCACAAGGGUUCUAUAUUCUAUUCCUCCCAUAAUACUACAACUAGUCUCAGUGUAGCUGGCACAAUAAGUGGCUUAGAUCACAAAGACUUCAGCUCACCAUCACUUACACAUGGGUUUGGUGUUCUAUUCCUCCCAUAAUACUACAACUAGUCUCGGUGUAGCUGGCGCAAUAAGUGGCUUAAAUCACAAAGACUUCAGCUCACCACCACUUACACAAGGGUUCUAUAUUCUAUUCCUCCCAAAUACUACAACUAGUCUCGUGUAGCUGGCACAAUAAGAGGCUUGGAUCAUAAAUGUGCCAGCUCACCACCACUUACACAAGGGUUCUGUGUUCUGUUCCUCCCAUAAUACUACUAGUCUCAGUGUAGCUGGUACAAUAAGUGGCUUGGAUCACAAAGGUUCCAGCUCACCAUCACUUACAGAAGGGUUCUGUAUUCUAUUCCUCCUAUAAUACUACAACUAGUCUCAGUGUAGCUGGUACAAUAAGUGGCUUGGAUCACUAAGAUUCCAGCUCACCACCAUUUACACAAGGGUUCUGUAGUCUAUUCGUCCCAUAAUACUACAACUAGUCUCAGUGUAGCUGGCACAAUAAGUGGCUUGGAUCACUAAGAUUCCAGCUCACCACCAUUUACACAAGGGCUCUGUAGUCUAUUCCUCCCAUAAUACUGCAACUAGUCUCACUGUAGCUGGCACAAUAAGUGGCUUGGAUCACUAAGAUUCCAGCUCACCACCAUUUACACAAGGGUUAUGUAGUCUAUUCGUCCCAUAAUACUACAACUAGUCUCAGUGUAGCUGGCACAAUAAGUGGCUUGGAUCACUAAGAUUCCAGCUCACCACCAUUUACACAAGGGUUCUGUAGUCUAUUCCUCCCAUAAUACUGCAACUAGUCUCAGUGUAGCUGGCACAAUAAGUGGCUUGGAUCACUAAGAUUCCAUCUCACCACCAUUUACACAAGGGUUCUGUCGUCUAUUCCUCCCAUAAUACUGCAACUAGUCUCAGUGUAGCUGGCACAGUAAGUGGCUUGGAUCACUAAGAUUCCAGCUCACCACCAUUUACACAAGGGUUCUGAUGCACAUCUUCAUUUCACUGACUUAGUUGGCAGCAGAUAAAAGACCAUCACUUAGCAAAACACUUUUUUCAAGGGAAUCCUCUGUAUUAAUGUUUAUAGAGUCAUCCCAGAGGAGAGACACUCGUUCCAGAAAUUUCAGAUGAAUUAGUCAGUCAGGGUUUAAGGACUAAAACAUUAUUAAAUACCAAGGCUGCCUUAUUUUACAUUUUGGAUUUAUAUUCCAUGUUAACCAUAAAGAUGCCCAGCUCACUUUUAAUUUCUGUUGAACUUGUUUAAAUAUUAUACAUCAUUAUAGUCUGCACUUUUUAUCAAGCUUGUGGUAAAGCAUGUUAAUGUCUUGUUAAUUUUGGGCAUAUUCAUUUUAACUUUAUCAUCAUAGUUUCUACUGCUGAAUAUGUUAUUUUCCAUUGUACUGUAUGGAGCUCUGAUGCAGAUCUCAUUUAGUGACUAAAAGUCUGGUUAAGUUUGUUACCAGUCAGGUUUCUAUUAUGCAAAACAUUGUAACUGUUGAAGUCUGUUGACAGGUGAACAAUGACAUAUUCAUGACUAUUUUUUCUUUGUAUAAUUUUUCUGAAACUCUUCUUAUUUGUUAAUCCAUCGUCUCUUAUAUGGACCCAGACCACUACUGAAUAGUCCAGUCCUGGUCUGAUGAAUAAAAUAAACAUAAAAAUUA